AUGGCAUUUCAUUUUCUAUUCCUGCAGCGUUUGUCCAAUGGUUCUAUAGACUCAACUGACGAAACUAGUCAAAUAGUCGAAUUACAAGAAUUGCUUGAAAAACAAAACUAUGAAAUGGCCCAAAUGAAAGAACGUUUAGCAGCCCUUUCUUCUAGAGUGGGAGAGGUAGAACAGGAAGCAGAAACAGCAAGAAAGGAUCUCAUUAAAACAGAAGAAAUGAACACUAAAUAUCAAAGGGACAUUAGGGAGGCCAUGGCACAGAAGGAAGAUAUGGAAGAAAGAAUCACGACCCUUGAGAAGCGUUACCUCAGUGCUCAGAGAGAAUCUACCUCCAUACAUGACAUGAAUGAUAAGCUAGAAAAUGAGUUGGCAAAUAAAGAAGCCAUCCUACGGCAGAUGGAAGAGAAAAACAGACAGUUACAAGAGCGUCUUGAGCUGGCUGAGCAAAAGUUGCAGCAGACUAUGAGAAAGGCUGAAACAUUACCUGAAGUAGAGGCUGAACUGGCUCAGAGAAUUGCAGCCCUAACAAAGGCUGAAGAGAGGCAUGGAAAUAUUGAAGAACGUAUGAGACAUCUGGAAGGUCAACUUGAAGAGAAGAAUCAGGAACUCCAAAGAGCUAGGCAAAGAGAGAAAAUGAAUGAGGAACAUAACAAAAGAUUAUCUGAUACUGUAGACAGACUUCUGACUGAAUCCAAUGAACGUCUACAGCUCCACUUAAAGGAAAGAAUGGCUGCUCUAGAAGAGAAGAAUGUUUUAAUUCAAGAAUCAGAAACUUUCAGAAAGAAUCUUGAAGAAUCUUUACAUGAUAAGGAAAGAUUAGCAGAAGAAAUUGAAAAGCUGAGAUCUGAACUUGACCAAUUGAAAAUGAGAACUGGCUCUUUAAUUGAACCCACAAUAUCAAGAACUCAUCUAGACACCUCAGCUGAGUUGCGAUAUUCAGUUGGAUCCCUGGUGGACAGCCAGUCCGAUUACAGAACAACUAAAGUAAUAAGAAGACCAAGGAGAGGCCGCAUGGGUGUGAGAAGAGAUGAGCCAAAGGUGAAAUCUCUUGGGGACCAUGAGUGGAGUAGAACUCAACAGAUUGGAGUACUAAGCAGCCACCCUUUUGAAAGUGACACUGAAAUGUCCGAUAUUGAUGAUGAUGACAGAGAAACCAUUUUUAGCUCAAUGGAUCUUCUCUCUCCAAGUGGUCAUUCUGAUGCCCAGACUCUAGCCAUGAUGCUUCAGGAGCAACUGGAUGCCAUCAACAAAGAAAUCAGGUGA